CCGGUCUUACCUAGACUGCCUCUCGCAAGCUUCGCACAUCUGACCGCAUUUAUCUCCGCGACUGGGGCUCCCGCGAGCAACAACUUUCUCAGAUUGACACAGAAUGGAGAGAAGCUGACGCACCGUUAUUUACCGGACCGUUAACUUUUCCUCUUCGGAGCCUCUCCUCAUGCCAUCACAACAUACACCCUGCGCGACACCAGGAGAAAACAAGUGAACACGGAGUUUCUAUAACAGUUUGAAGAGCUGAAAGUUCCCUCCUUAUUGUUUUAUCUGCUUUUUUUGGACACUUUUUACUGCGUUUUUACGCACGAUGCGCAAAGGGAUGGAUCCUCUCCGGAGACUUAAAAUGGGAGUGCAUCAUGUUUUUUACAUCUUUCUUUCUUUUUCGCUGGCUUAUUCUUACAAUAUAGACUUAGAACAUCCUUUAGUUUUCCGCGGACCAGAUUCUAGUUUUUUUGGCUACUCUGUGCUGGAGCAUUAUAAUGAGAACACACGCUGGCUUAUAGUAGGAGCUCCGAGGGCAAACUCUACCUACAGUAGCUCUGUGCACUCUCCUGGAGCUGUGUAUAAGUGUCGGAUUCACAGCAACCCAGAGCGCCGCUGCACAGAGAUGGACCUGGGAAGAGGAAACCGGCUGAGGGAGUCGUGUGGGAAGACGUGUCAGGGCGACCGGGACGAUGAGUGGAUGGGGGUCAGCCUGGCCCGCCAGAACAAAGCUAACGGCAAAAUCCUGGCUUGUGCUCACCGCUGGAAAAACAUUUACUACGACUCGGAACACAUCCUCCCUCAUGGAUACUGCUCCAUCAUCCCCGCCGAUCUGCAGGGCAGGGCCAAGCCGCUCAUCCCGUGUUAUGAAGACUACAAGCAGAAGUACGGGGAAGAGCACGGCUCGUGCCAAGCCGGGAUUGCGGGAGUUUUUACCGAGGAGCUGGUGGUGAUGGGGGCGCCGGGGUCGUACUACUGGACCGGGACCAUCAAGGUGUACAACCUGACGUCUGACUCCUUCUCCAGCCCGAACAAAGACGACAUCGACUCCCACAGAUACAGCUACCUGGGCUACGCGGUGACCGCCGGACACUUCUCCUCCCCUAACGUAAUCGACAUCGCUGCAGGGGCGCCUCAGCACAGCGGCAGUGGAAAAGUUUACAUUUUCAAAAUCGAUGGUGCGUCUUUGGUGAAGAGUUUUCAAGCCUCGGGGAGAAUGAUGGGCUCUUACUUUGGCUCCUCAUUGUGUGCAGUUGAUCUGAACCAGGACGGCCUGUCGGACCUGCUGGUGGGGGCUCCCAUGCACAGCCAGCUCCGGGACGAGGGCCAGGUGUCUGUGUACCUCAGCAAGGGCAAUGGUGUGAUGGAGGAGGCCGGUGUUUUGAGUGGCGACAACGCUUUCAAUGCACACUUUGGAGAAUGCAUCACCGCAAUCGGAGACGUAGACGACGAUGGAUAUCAGGAUGUAGCAAUCGGAGCGCCUAAAGAGGACGACUACGCAGGAGCUGUUUAUAUCUACCACGGUGAUGAAACGGGAAUCAUCAGCAAAUACUCCAUGAAACUGUCUGGACGCAGCGUUAGCCCUGGUCUGCAGAUGUUUGGCCAGUCGAUCUCAGGCGAUGUGGACAUGGACAGCAACGGAUACACAGAUGUCACCAUUGGAGCGUUCAUGUCAGACAGUGUUGUGCUGCUGAGGACCCGGCCUGUCAUUACGGUGGAUGUCUCCAUCUUCCUGCCGGUCUCCAUCAACAUCACGGUGCCGCAGUGCCACGAGGGCCAGCACCACCAAAACUGCUUCAAUGUCACCGUCUGCAUGCGCUUCAGGGGGAAACAGCUGCCCGGGCAGAUAGAUCUGCUCUACAACCUGACGGCUGAUGUGGAUAAGCGGCAGAAGAGCCAGCCUUCCCGGGUCUACUUCACCCAGAGCGGCUCUCAGAUCAGCCAGAUGAGCCAGCAGCUCAGCCUGGAGAUCGACAGGGAGGAGUGCCAGCGCUUCACCGCCUACGUGAAGAAAGACGUAAAGGAGGUGUUCACGCCCAUCACGUUCGAGGUGGCGUACAGCCUGGGGAAGCACAUUGUGACGGGGCAUCAGGAGCGAGAUCUGCCUGCGCUCACGCCCGUGCUACGAUGGAGGAAAGGAAACAAGGUCGCAGUGAGGAAUGAGACUUGGUUUGAGAAGAACUGCCUGUCGGACGACUGCGCCGCAGACCUGAGGCUUCAUGGGAAACUGCUGCUCUCUGGCCUGCACAGCGGUCACCAUUUGGCCCUGGGAGGAGUGAAAAACGUCUCUCUGAAUCUGACCAUCUCCAACACGGGAGACGACGCCUACGACACCAACAUCUACUUCAACUUCUCCAGAGAAGUUUUCUACAUCAACUUCUGGCAGCGGGAAGAGAAGGGCAUUUCCUGUGGACUUGUCGAUUUGGACUUCCUCAAAUGCAGCGUGGGAUUUCCCUUCAUGAGAGCUCAGACUAAGUACCACUUCGCGGUGAUCUUUGAUACCAGUCAGCUCUCCGGGGAAAAUGAGACGUUGCAAUUCUUGGUUCAAGCUAAAAGUGCCAAUCCCGAGCACAAACUCUCCGACAACACUUUGGAUUUCUCCAUCCCUCUGGUGCAUGAGACCGACACGACCAUUACUGGCGUGGUCACUCCGAGCUCCUUCGUGUACGGGAACUCCAUCGAUGCCUCGCGCUUCGUCCAGCUGGACGACAUGGAGUGCAACUUCCAGCCUCUGAAUCUCACCUUUCAGGCCAUUAACAAGGGGCCCAGCAGGCUGCCUGGCUCCACCGUGGACAUCAGGAUACCCAACCGUCUGGCUGGCAGCGGAGCCGACAUGUUCCACAUCAUUGAAACACAGGUGGCCGACGGCCGAGGGAACUGCACCCCUCACAGGAACCCGACACCGUGCACCAUCCCCCAGGACAGAGAGAGCAUCUUCCACUCCAUAUUCGCCUUCUUCACCAAAUCGGGACGAAAAGUCUUGGAUUGUGACCGUCCUGGAAGAGCGUGUAUGACCAUCUCCUGCAGUCUGGGUCCACAGUUAAAAGAGGAAGCUUUAAGCAUAGACCUAAAACUUCUACUCAACACUGAAAUUCUUAAAAGGGAUAGUUCCUCUGUGAUCCAGUUUGUGACGAGAGGCAGCGUGCAAGUAAGCGACCGAGCGGUGGAGGUGCCAAACGGCCUUCCAGACGACCUUUCUCUGGUUUUCGAGGCGCUCCACAGUCAAGAGCCGAGGGGUUACGUCGUCGGCUGGAUCAUUGCCAUCAGUCUGCUGGUGGGAAUCCUCAUCUUUCUGCUGUUGGCUGUGCUGCUCUGGAAGAUGGGAUUCUUCCGCCGGCGCUACAGAGAGAUCAUCGAGGCCGAGAAGAACAGGAAGGACAGCGAGGAAAGCUGGGACUGGAUGGAAAAGAACCACUGAGAACCUGCACCGUGGGGGUCCCAGAGGAGCCAAUGAGAUUAGGGAUUGGGUCGGGGGAAGGAUCCAAUAGCACGUGGUCUCGCAGCCCAGCCGCCGCCCACAGUGGCACCUUCAGUCUUCCAUAUGUGGAAGAGGAGAAUUUCCUCCAUAUUUUUUGGAGACUUGAUGUAUUUUUUUUUAUUUUUUUUUGUGGGUGGGGGUCCAGGAAACAGGCCUCUGAGGUGACAGCGCGGCUUUGCCAGAGGACACUUUGCUGUGGAAUUCAGCUAAUCUCAACGGAGGGAACUCCCGGGCCAGCAGAGCGGAGCUGUUGAUGGAAACCUACAUCCCGUACGGGGGAUGUGGGGACGCCAUGAAUACUGGUGGACAACAAAACCCUCAGGGCUGUGUUACAUAGCGAAUUUAUUUUUAUACAUAAGCCAUAUAGUGUAAAACUGGGCUCGGAGAAGAGUUGGGGGAUUUGAAGGCCAUUAUAAACAUACUGCAUGUGGACGGUAUGUUUUCCUAAAAAGCACUGAUGUUUGAUAAAGAAUGAAUGCCUUGGCUCCAUAGCUUCACUUUUAAUGCCAAAGAUAUGUCCUGUAUAGUAAAGGAUGGAGUCGUUUGUAUAUUCAGCUCUUCCUGGGAGUGAAAGAUUGUAUCUUUUCUUUACUAUGUCCGGCUAAUGGAGAUCUUUAAAACACAUCUGACCGCCCUGCUCUCUCACAGAUAAUCAGCCGAGUUGUAGACGUACAUACGCAGGAUUAAAACCUGUGUCAUCUGAUCGUGUCAAAGCUGUGUCAGUCGUGAAGAAGUCCAAGUGAAUGCUCUUUUCUGAACGUGUUUCCACUGCAAAAACCAGAAUUCAAAAGUUAAGGUCUGUGACUCGUUAUGAGCAUUUACUCACUAGACGAUUUAAAGGCCUGAUUUGCACCAUAUCCCCCCCCAUAUUCCCCCAUAUCAAUCAGGGGGGCGUGGCCAGAUUCUAGGGUUGUUGUUCCCGAUAUUUUGUCCAAAGAAGUGUGUAGUGUCACUGAAAAUGAAAAUGAAAAUGAAAAUGAAAAUGAAAUAUUUGUGAAUCCAGGUCGGAGACCGCCUCCGACCGAAAAUACCCGAUGCAGCCAAUGAGAGCGAGCAGACUUGGAAGCGUCACCAACCGGAUUUUUGCAUUCUCUGACAUCUCACCCCUCGCUCGCGGUCUGAAAGUAAAUAAAGCUGCACAUGAUCCGUCUUCUCAGCACAGACUUCAUCCGUACUGUUUUCCUCAUUUCCUGUUAUAAGCUGCAGAACAGAACACACAGCGGGAGAGCUGACGACGUCCAUCGUCCUUAUUUGAUUUUUGUUCUGAAAUCACGGUUGAUCACACAAGAUUCUAUGAAAGCGUUACCCCCAAUUUGCACAUACUCCAUGCACACAGUCCAUCAGCGCUGCGCACUAUGCCAUCGUUUGCCGCCACUCUAGUCAAUCUUUAUGUUUCCACAGCGAGCGCCAAAGUCAAAGCAGGAGUAAAAACGCCUUAUGGUAGCUUUAAUGUGGCACAAAUACUCAUCAUACCUUUUUUUCAUGAUUUGACUUCUACAUUUUUAAGAUUUUGCUAGAUUUCAAUUUUUGUAUUUUUUUCCUCUCUGCCUUGCUUUGGAUCUACAGAUGCUUUGAAAUUGAAGCAAAUGAUCUGAGGCUGUUGUGCAAAGAGCUAAUGCUCAGGUAUGCUGCUGACCUUUUUUUUUUUUAAAGGCCCCUUACAGUUUCAAACGUCAGCUUAAAAACAUUUGAAUCUCCCUAAAAAUACUGUAGGGAAUGAUCCAGUGUUCAAUCUGACAUGACACCUGAUCAUGAUUUACUCCCAAGAAAUUUAUCAGACUUCACCUUUGCGGCCCAUAUUUAGUUUUACUACGAUGUUAUUAGGCGUUGGGUUUUUCUGCAUGAAACGUGAUAUACUGUACGUUACUCUCCACGGCCAGAUGAGCGUCAGCGAUGGGAGUCCACCUUCAAGUCAUUUUACGGGGGCCCGUGGAAUGAGUAAUGCCCUAAAAAUAGUCGGGAAUGUGCUGCACUCAAUCACUACACAUAAACGGGCUCUUUGGGGCUCCUGGGAAAAGAUUAUUUUAAGUCAACAUGGAGGAAUGUCAGCGCCGUGAAAAUGUGCCACUAUUAAAGUUCACAGCUUUAACUCGGCUUGUUCUUGAGACCCUUCAAAGCUGGGCCGGAUUGUUGGAGAAUUUUGCAGAAAACAGACGAUUAAUUUCAUCUGAAAUAUCCAAAUAUAUAAAAGUAUGAUGUUUUUUUAACAGAUUUUUAUCUCAGCCAGGCUCUAAAAGUGAUGUUUAAUGUUUGUUAGAUGACCCUCGCCUGAUAAUCACAGCAUCAAAACAAAGAUGUAACUCAGAGGUCUGGAGACUUCGGGCAGUUUUGCAGAAAACCAGAAUCAGAUAUUUUAACGUGCAAUUCCAAACGGACAAAAAAAAUGUAUUUGAAUGUUUCACACUUUCCUUUAAACUUCAGUGCAAAGACACUUUAUGGCUCUCUCUGGUUGCUUUUCUCUCUGUCGUUCUGUAUGAAUCUUUUUAUUUUAACAUUUACUUCCACUGGCAUGACGGCCUAUACUGUACACAUUCACGUCUUCCCUCUGCACAAAGCCACACCGCAGAGAAAUCGACACUUGACUUUUUUUUUUUUUGGGGGUUAAAUUCUAACUGUGAUGGUUAUAUUUUUGUUUGUAUGUUUUUUGUUAAUCACACCGUUAUUUGGGGUUUUUGUUCCGAGUAUACUACUGUCACUGAGUAUCAUUUCCAGUAUAGAGUGCUGUAUGUUUGAUGUUUAAAGUCAUGUUGGAGCUGAAUAUUUAUCUGUUGAUAAAUUUUAGAGUGAA